AUGUCUGAGUUCAGCAUACUGAGGUUUGAUCUAGUUUUCACUUUGUUCGCGGGGAGACUGAUACAGUCUCUGGCGAGCACGUCUGUGUGGGUCGUGGGGUAUGCGACACUUGCUGACCAAGUCCCUGCCAAUCAGAUUGGCAAGAUGUAUGGGUUAGUGACUGUUGCAAUUAAUGUGGGAACAUCGGCAGGGCCGCUUGUCGCUGGUGUUCUUUUUGACACCGGCGGAUACUGGGCAGCUUGGUCCAGUGUGCUAAUUCUGAUCGUCUUCGACGCGGCAAUGCGAUGUCUGAUGAUAGAGAAUCCGCCGAUCAAUCGACCCGCUCAAAACAAGGCAGACGAGGAGCGAGAGAGAGAGGUCCUGUUACCAACAUCGACAGAGAACAACGAAGAACUCACGGGCGCUGGACCGGAGAAGACGGGCAUCCACUUUUAUUUGUGUUUGUUUACCAACGGUCGCUUCCUCGGAGGGGCGUUCAGUUAUAUGUGCUUCGCAAUCCUAACAGCCAGCUUCGAUGCGACACUGCCCCUUCAUGUUCGUGACGCCUUUCAAUGGGGAUCUAUGUCGUCAGGACUUUUGUUCGCCGUUCUUCAGGGUCCGGGCGUGUUCCUUAGCGUGCCCGUCGGCUGGCUGAAGGAUCGAGUGGGUACACGGCACCCGACCACGAUUGGCUUCGCGCUCCUGGUACCUUUGAUGUGGGCGAUCGGGAUCCCAGGAGAUGAACGAUUUCCCUGGGCAAGUACGGAGCUGGUUGGUCCGGUCAUGUACAGCGCAGCGGUCUGCAGCGCGGGAGUGGUAAUCUGUCUCCUGAAUGGAGUGGGGAUGAUGGAAGCGACUCAGGCCGUCGAUGAGAUCCAAGACAAUAGCCCCGGAAUCUUUGGACGGAAUGGUGGGUAUUCCCGAGCGAUUUCGCUAGUCAGCAUGAGCUGGACUGCCGGCAUGUUCAUUGGUCCCAUUUUAGCGGGAUAUGGCGUGGAACAAAUCGGAUAUUAUGGAUUGAACUGUAUUUUGGGUAUGUUUGUUCCCUGUCACAAUCAUGUCUCGGCACUAACGUGA